CCAACACAUCUACAUCUUUGCUUCUCAACUUAUUGCUGUGUGGAUGGCAACAGGUUCAAUGCCUAAUUUCUUUCUUUUUUCCUCAACUGCUUUUGGUCCUUGCUUGUUUCGUGAACCAACCCAUGACUUAAAUUCUCCCGGACCCCUAUCUUCCCUUUAUAAAUGACCCUCUGUCUCUUAUUAGACAUAUAUCUUCUCAAAUAUACUUGUCACUAUAAUUCAUCAUCUAACUUUAGCUACCAGUUUCCAUGGAACUAAUUAUCAUCAAGUUUAGACCUAUCCCCAGUAUUUUGCUGCUGCUUCUCCUACUUUCCAUACCUUACUUUUCAACAGGAAGCCUGGAUGUUUCGGAUGAGGUGUAUGAGAUAGAUUAUAGAGGUCCGGAGACACACUCUUCAAUCCCUCCGCCGGAUCAUUCUCAUGGCCACAGGCAUUGGAUUCACCGGGAAACCGAUUUGCCAACCUCCAAAACUUCCAAGGGCUUAAGGGGUGGUAACAACAAAGGAAGAAAUGUCAAGAAAAUUCAUGGGUGAAUUAAAGAAGGUUGUGAACCCCUCUUUUAGAAUGGUUAAAUUUUUGCUAAAUUUUACUGCAGUUUAUAGCUAUUAGUUAGUUUCUUUUCUUCUAGAUAUGAAGAUCGUAUGUAAACUUGAGAGAUGUUAAUUUUGAA